UUUUUACUUAAUUCUCUCUUGCUUUUUAAGCCAUCUCUACAUUCCUACAACUCUCUCAAGCUUUGAUUUCUCUCAUUUUACCUUGGAAGCUCUCGAUAUCUCGUAUUACUACAACCAUGGGGGAGGAAAAAUCGACACCAAGCUACAAAUUGCUUAGUCGGAUGAGCUUCAAGUCCGAUGAUCGAAAAGGGGGCUUCAGAGCUUCUGGUUUCAUCUAUGGUUUGGUUGCGUUGGACAACAUGGGAUUUAUAGCAAAUAUGUUAAUUAUGUUCUCAUACUUCACUAAAGAUUUGAAUUUCAACAUCCCUGGAGCUGCAAACACAGUAACAAAUUUCAUGGGAUCAACCUUUUUACUCUCAGUUAUCGGUGCUUAUAUUUCGGACACUUAUAUAUCCAGAUUCUAUACUGUCUUAAUAUUCGGAACUAUGGAGAUCUUGGGUUUCAUGAUCAUGACGAUUCAAGCUCACGACACGUUUCUACAUCCAAAACCUUGUGGUGGUAAGGAGAGUUGCAUGAAAGGAGGGAUAGGACUAAUGUUCUACACUUCACUAGCAUUAUUAGCGUUAGGAUCGGGUGGUGUUAGAGGUGCUCUUGCGGCUUUUGGAGCAGACCAGUUUGAUACGACGAAGCCAAAAGAACUUAAGGCCCAAGGCAGUUAUUUUAACUGGCUUGUGCUAAGUACUACCUUGGGCGCGUCUGUGGGAGUGACUUUGUUCGUGGGGGUUAGUACAAAUCAUGGCUGGUGGUGGGGUUUCUGUUUAGCUACUAUAACUAGUACAUUGGGGUUCAGCCUAUUUCUCUUAGGAAAACCUUUCUAUCGUAUUCAAAUUCCAAAAGAUAGCCCAUUCGUUAGUAUUGGCAGGGUAAUUGCAGGAGCCGUUAACAACAGAAAAUUAAAACUACCCGAAAAUCCUGAAGAAUUACAUGAAAGUAGCCCAAAAAAGGGAUGGACUCAAAAAAAGCUUACUCGUACUCGUCAAUUCACAUGGUUAGACAAGGCAGCAAUUGUUCAAGAUAACUCAAAAUCAAGUGAAAUUUCAAGUGUGGUCUGCACUGUGACACAAGUUGAAGAAGUUAAGAUCUUAAUAAGAAUGUUACCAAUCAUUUUGAGUACCGUUGUCUUGAACACAUGUUUAGCCCAACUACAAACAUUCUCACAAGCCCAAGGCAACUUCAUGAACCGAAAGCUUGGCAAACUUGAGUUCCCUGCAGGCUCUGUCCCUGUGAUUCCGCUUAUCUUCAUGUCCAUUCUCCUUCCAAUGUACGAGUUGUUAUUUGUACCCUUCGCACGAAAAUACACAAAACAUCCACAAGGCAUUACUCAACUCCAAAGGGUCGGUGUUGGACUUGUAUUAUCGGCCAUAUCAAUGGGAGUUGCAGGCAUUGUGGAACUAAAGAGGAGAAACCAAUCAAAAAUCAAUCCACUAAAGCCUAUUAGUCUCUUUUGGCUAUCACUUCAGUAUAGUAUUUUUGGGCUUGCAGAUAUGUUCUCAUUAGUUGGCUUGCUUGAUUUCUUCUACAGAGAGGCGCCCGUUGGGAUGAGAUCACUUGCAACUUCUUUCACUUGGAUAUCAAUGUCACUUGGCUACUUUUUGAGUAGCGCUUUGGUGGAUAUUGUGAAUUCCGUUACAAAGAAAGUUUCAUCAAACAAAAAAGGAUGGAUUAGCGGGAUGUUGUUGGACAACGACAAGCUUGAUUUGUUUUAUUGGUUAUUAGCUGUGUUGAGUUUUAUAAAUUUCGGAGUAUACUUGGUUUCAGCUUCAUUAUACAAGUAUAAAAAGGAAGAUGAUGGUCUACUAAAGACAGAAAUGGCGUCCACAGCUACUAGCAUCGCGAUGGUUAGCGCAAGUGCAGACGAUUUGCCAAAGAGCACAAUUGAAGAAGACAUUCCACAAGGUGAAACAGCUCAUGUUAAAGAAGAAAAAGAACAUGAAUCUCCUUCCACAAAUGCAAAAACAGACUCUUGAAGACUAUCAUGUAGUCGCAUCAUUUAGCAUUUUGCGUUUACAAUGAGGUUGUUUGGUUUCCAGAAUGUAUGAAAAUAUGGUGGAAUGGAAUUUAAAAUUUUUUAUGUUAACCUAACUUGAAAAAUAAAUAUUUAAACUUCAUUCUACCAAAUUCUCAUGAAUUUUGGAGCUAAACAGCCCCUUAGUUGCGUACUCAAACAAUCAUGUAUUGUGUUUUUGUUGUUUCAUUUUGAUAAGUUCAAGCGAGCAUACAUAAAUGUAAGCAUCAUGUUCGCAUUAAGAGCAUGAAUUGUA